AUGUCCUGGAGGGGUGUUCUCAGCUUCAACAAGUACGUCCAGGUUGCUGCGCGCGCGACGCGCCAGGCCCUCAAGGAGGAGCAGCGUGUCGCCUCGGAGCGCAGGGCGGUCAUCACCCUCAAGGUCCAGAAGUGGGAGAACGGCAAGGCUAGCACCGCGGAGUGGAUCGUCCCCCCUACCGCCGAGCAGCACUAA